GCUUUAGGACCGCUCGGAGCGCUCAGGUCUGGAGGUGGUAUAAGGUUUGCCAUCUCUCUACUUGCUGGCAGUUGCAGGAGAAGAUUGCUUUUAAGUGAGCGGCUGUGUCACCCCCUCCGCGUCCUCCUCUCGCUCCCGUCUCCCUCCCUCCCCAAUUGAUCGCGUCCUGUCCUUAAGUUUGCGAGCUCCUUUUCGCCACUGCAGGGGCCGUGGCGAGCGCCGAGGAGCGGCGGCGAAUUGGCAAGCCAGCAAAAGGCGGCAUCGGCGCAGGCGGGGUGCAUGUCUCUUUCCUCCGAUGGACUUUCCAUGUGUCUCGCCGCCGUCGACGCUGAUGGGCAGUGACAUUUCUGACUGGAGCGCGGCGACGCGCCCAGGAAGCAACGGCGGCCCUGGGAGGCGAGGAGGAUCUGCACGGCGCCAAAGCUAAUUGCGGUGAUUCCUGUCCCUUCCCAGUACCUUCAACGUCGGCGAUCGGAAAUAAAAUGCCAGCUGGGGGGGUCCCGCAACACCAGCAGCCGCCGCGGGAGCAGCCGCGCCACCUUGAGCCGCCGCGGCCGGCGGGCAGCCAGGAGCGAGCGCCCGGCGCCUCCCCACCAAAAGUUUGACGCCAAGAAGUGCGGCUGCCUCCGGAGGGGACAGCCCCAGCGGGGAAGGGCGGAGGCGGGGCUGGAGCGGGAGGGCUCCAGGGGAGCCCCCGUGGGCCACCGACUUCUCUCUCCCCCAACCCUCGCCCGCCUGCCAGCCAGCCAGCCAGCCGCCACCCCUGUCCGCUCCCUGCCGCCUCUGAGCCCGGCCGGGCAGGAUCCCGCCCCGUCGUUGGCCAAGCCGGGCUGAUCUCCAAGGGGGCAGCGCCAGAGGAGUGGCUAAUCCCCCAGGCGCGCGAAGGGAGCGCUUCGGCUCGGCGGGCUGCCCGACCCUUUCGCCUCGCCCGCUCAAGUCUUCUGGCGUGAGCGGCAACUUUGUUCACUGGCCGCGUGUGCAGGGCAAGGAGAGGAGGAGCGGCCAGAGCAGCCACUCUUUCCCCCCAGCGUCCCUGCUGCCGGAGGGGAAUCCGACUGAGGCUCCGGCUACCUGCGAGCGUCCCAAGCCAAGGCGGGAGCUGCUUCUUUGGCCUCUUCUCUCUCUGAGCCGCUGCGACCGCCCGGCAUGGAUGCUGGUGCCAGAAGAAAGAAUGAUUGAUGGCAGGCCGUGGGGCUGGAGACGCUCAUCAUUUUGCUCCAGCUGAUGUAUCAGUUUGCCUGGCCAUUCUUCAUGAACCAGGAAAGGGGAGGAUUACUCAGGAUUAUUGAAUGCACAGCUGAGGACUGGCAGCAUUGCUGAAUUAUCAUCUGCUUGUGGACAUUGAUUACAUACAUGAUAAAAGCCCAGAUAGACACUUCUUAAGAAAAGGGACAACCCUCAGAUUGCUUUCAACGGCAUCUCUUCAAAUAUGCUCGGCUUUCACCAAAGUUUCCAGCCAUCGUAAUCUAACUCUUUCCCUCUGGUUUGGACCACCUUUUACAAUAACUUUGACGCCCUGUGUACAUAUAUGUAUAAUAUUGACUGCACUUAGAUCUCGGCUGGUUAUAACUAUCAAAGCAUACCCAUAAAGGAUUUAGCGAUGUAUUUGUCAAGAUUCUUGUCACUGCACGCCCUUUGGGUUACUGUGUCUUCGGUGAUACAGCACUAUCCUUCGGUGUGGGGACAUUAUGAUGUGUGUAAGACCCAGAUUUACACAGAUGAAGGGAAAUUUUGGGAUUACACGGCCUGCCAGCCAGAAGCCAUAGAUAUGAUGAAAUACGUGAAAGUAAACUUGGAGCCUCCCAAUAUAACGUGUGGAAAUCCUCCGGAGACCUUCUGCGGAAUGGGGAAUCCCUAUAUGUGCAAUGAAUGUGAUGCAACCAUUGACGAAUUGGCACAUCCGCCUGAACUGAUGUUUGAUGCCGAAGGAAGGUAUCCCUACACAUUUUGGCAGUCUAUCACCUGGAAGGGUUACCCAAAGCCUCUCCAAGUUAACAUCACCCUCUAUUGGAACAAAACCAUUGAGCUAACAGACAACAUCGUCAUCACCUUUGAGUCUGGCCGUCCAGACCUCAUGAUCCUGGAGAAAUCUCUUGACUAUGGUAGAACAUGGCAGCCGUACCAGUAUUAUGCUACAGACUGUUUAAAUGCUUUCAACAUGGAACCAAAAACAGUGCGGGAUUUAUCCCAACAAACAGUCCUAGAAAUCAUUUGCACAGAAGAAUAUUCCACGGGGUACAUGGCAAACAGUAAAAUUCUCCAUUUUGAAAUUAAGGAUAGAUUUGCAUUUUUUGCUGGGCCUCGGCUCCAUAAUAUGGCUUCUCUCUAUGGCCAGCUCGACACAACCAAGAACCUAAGAGAUUUCUUUACUGUCACAGACUUGAGGAUAAGACUGCUAAGGCCAGCAACUGGGGAAAUCUAUGUGGAUCCACAGCAUUUGACCCGCUACUUUUAUGCAAUCUCAGACAUAAAAGUAGUUGGAAGGUGCAAGUGUAACCUUCAUGCCACUGGCUGCAGAGAAGAAAACAAAAAACUGUUAUGCGAAUGUGAGCACAACACAACAGGCCCAGACUGUGGGAAAUGCAAGAAGAGCUACCAGGGCCGGCCUUGGAGCGCUGGUUCAUAUCUCCCCAUUCCUAGGGGCACCGCAAAUAUCUGUAUGCCCAGUAUUUCCAGCAUUGGUACUCCUCCAAAGUUUGAUAGGAUAUGGCCGAAUAUAUCUUCCCUUGGGGUUUCUAACCCAAAUCAAGUUGGUCCAAAAUUAGCUUUGUCUACUGUUUCUUCUGUUCAAGUUGCAAACCACAAGAGAGACUGUGAAUGCUUCGGCCACUCCAACCGGUGCAGUUACAUCGAUCUGCUCAAUACAUUCAUUUGUGUGAGCUGUAAACACAACACUAGAGGGCAGCACUGUGAGUUGUGCAGGCUGGGCUACUUCAGAAAUACUUCCGCAAAGCUGGACGAUGAAAAUAUAUGCAUAGAAUGUAAUUGUAACCCUAUUGGCUCAGUCCAUGAUCGCUGUAAUGAAAAAGGAGUUUGCCAUUGUAAGAAGGGAACAUCAGGGCCUAAGUGUGAUAAGUGUCUGUGGGGAUAUCACUGGCACAGACGGGGUUGUCAAUCAAACGUGUGUGACAAUGAAGUUCAGAUUUGCCAGAACGGUGGAACAUGCAUCAACAGCGUACGCUGCCAGUGUCCUGCAGCCUACACUGGCAUAUUGUGUGAGGAGAAACGGAAUUGCAAAGUGGACCACAGUUGCAGUCAAGGCUCUGGAAAGGGGGCAAUAUCAUUACCACUGCCACUACUUCUAUUAUCACUGGUUGUUCCAUUAGGAUUAAGUGGGUUUUUCAUAUUCUAGGCUUUGAAGUCACGCAGCUUUGAAGGCAUCAACUUCAGACUGCUUUAAAAAGAAUGUGCCACAGGAAACAGAAAAGAAGUAAUGACAACAUCAGCACCAAACAGAUGCUAAUAAAUCUUUUUUUUUUUUAAUUAAAAAAAGAAAAGAGGGGGGGAAGUGAAAUCUCCACAUAUAUAGACUAUAAGGCCUAACUGAACUAAGCCAUAUCUAUUCAUUGUGGACAACGCAGCGAGUCAAGACUGUUAUUUUCUGACUCCAGCUUCAGUGGGCAGCUGCCAAUGCUACUACUACUAAUCACCAUGCCAGCUGCAGAAGCUUACCCAGGAUUGAAAAGGCUUUGAUAGCCCCCCCUCCCAGGAUGGAAAUACAACCAAGAAACCACAAAAUCUUGCUCCUCCAAUCUGGUGCGUGACUGUACCUCUUCCCAGUGUGUGGACCAACCAAAUAGAGGCAUUCUUUGCUGUCAGUGCAUUGUGGGUAUAAGGAAAUCUGUUUCAAAGCUGCCAUAUUGGCCUGCUUCAGCCCCCAAAUCCCUUUCCAACUGUGCUUUAGUGAACAUUGCUCUGUAACCCUUGUUGGUUGAACGAUUUUCUUUGUCUGAUGUUAGUAAUGCACAUGUGUACCAGCCCCUCCUCAGGCCAGUCGUACCCUUGUAUAUCUUAGAAGCACUGCAUCAGGUCGAUGUGGCGCACAUCUAUUGUACAAGAAUGGCUUUAGGACAACAACAACAACAAAAACGUGUAUUUAACCUUUUGUAUUCAAAUGAAGUUAUUUUUCUUGACUAACGUAAGACGUAGAUUUUUUGUAUUGCCAAUUUGUGUUAACAGGCAACUGAUUAAUGUACUCUAAUCCUGAUCAGAUAAAGGGGGGGGAAGUUACUUUUUAUUUUAUCCUUUUUUCCCCCUUUCUUUUUCUUUUCAUUUAAUUGUGCAGAGAUUUCUCUGUAUAGGCAACGUGCUGGCAUCAAAGAAUAUCAGUUUACAUAUUAUAGCAAGUGUAAUAAGAUUCCACCAAAGGACAUUCUAAUUGUUUUCUUGUUGCUUUAACACUGGAAGAUUUAAGAGAAUAAAAAUUCCUGCAUAAACUA